UGCCAUGCAGAUAUGAGUGACUUGCAGUGGUGUUUUUCUCAAGUCAAAGGCACUGCAGACGAUUUUGUCUCAGAUGCUGAUAUAAUUUCCUGUGUUGAGUUCAAUGCCGAUGGAAGUUUAUUGGCUACUGGGGACAAGGGUGGCCGAAUAGUAAUUUUCCAAAGAGGACCUACUAAAACAUCGGACGGUCUUAAAAAUGUUGACUACGAGGUCUACAGCACGUUUCAAAGCCAUGAGCCAGAAUUUGAUUACUUGAAGAGUCUUGACAUUGAAGAGAAGAUCAACAAAAUCAAAUGGAUUAAGAAAUUGAAUGCCUCAAAUUUUCUCUUAUCUACUAAUGAUAAGACAAUCAAACUCUGGAAAGUUACAGAGAAGAACAAGCGACUAGGCAGUUACACUCUGCCAACUUCACUAAUCCCUAAUUCAAUAAUGGAUCCCUCUCAGUUAGUCAUACCACACUUUGAACCUAUGCAGACGAUGGUUGAGGCCAGUCCUAGGCGAAUCUAUUCCAAUGCGCACACUUACCACAUCAAUUCCAUCUCAACGAAUAGCGAUCAGGCAACAUUUCUGUCUGCAGACGACCUGCGAAUUAAUCUUUGGCAUCUUGAUAUCACCGAUCAGAGUUUUAAUAUAGUUGACAUAAAACCAGCCAACAUGGAAGAACUUACUGAGGUGAUAACAGCUGCAGAGUUUCACCCUGAAGACUGUUCGAUAUUUGCUUACAGCAGCAGCAAGGGAUGUGUGAAGCUUUGUGAUAUGAGGUCUAAUGCCCUCUGCGAUAGACAUUCUAAAUUUUUUGAAGAGACGGAGGACCCAGUGAAUAGGAGUUUCUUCUCUGAAAUUAUCUCCAGCAUAUCUGAUGUCAAAUUCAGCAGGUCAGGCAGGUACAUGCUGACCAGAGACUACCUGUCACUCAAGGUGUGGGACUUGCAGAUGGAGAAGUGCCCGGUGGAAACGUACACGGUGCACGAUUAUCUGAGGAGUAAAUUAUGCUCCCUCUACGAAAAUGACUGCAUAUUUGAUAAGUUUGAGUGUUAUUGGAGCGCUAAUGACAGGUACAUAAUGGCAGGCUCCUACAAUAACUUCUUCAAGAUAUUCGACCGGGAGACGAAGCGAGACGUAACGUUCGAAGCGAGUCGAGACAACACGAAGAUUCGCAGCAGUCUGAAGCACAAGCGAGUCUGCACGGGCAGUAAGAGGAAGAAAGAUGAGAUAAGUGUAGACUGUCUUGAUUAUAAUAAAAAAAUCCUGCACAUAGCGUGUCACCCAGUUGAAAACAUCAUCUCCUUGGCUGCUUCCAACAAUUUGUUCAUACUGCAAAGUAAAGAGUGACUAUGACGAUGGUACUGAUACCAAUGAUGAUGACGAAGACGACGACGAUGAUGAAUGUGUUGUCGCUGAUCGUGUUGAUGGCGAUGACGUGUUUAUCAAAGGAUGAUUAUGCGUGUUUAACAAUGAGAUGACACUGAUCAUUGAGCGAGUUUUGUUUGUUCUAUCUGGGAGAGAGAGAGAGAGAGAAAGAGAUAUAUAUAUAUAUAUAUAUAUAUAUAUAUAUAUAUAUAUAUAUAUAUAUGUACGUUAAAGUAAUAUAAAUUCAUGUAUACAGUUUGAAUGUUUUACAUUGAAAUCAAGUUGGGGCGUAGAUAAGUUAGUUGGC